CUGCUCCCCUCUGUUACAUUAUUGCGCUCUCUCUCUCUCUCUCUCUGUCUCUCUCUCUCUCUGGUUGUUAACAUAGAAGUAGUAGAAGGAAGAAGAAGCUCAAAAAAAGAAGGAAUAGCCGGAGUUUCUAUGGAAGUUGGCCGGAAAAUGUCCAACUUGCUCGGAGAAGAGCGAGAUGGGUAUAGCUUGAAUCUCAAGGAGACUGAGCUCUGCCUUGGCUUGCCUGGUGGAGGCGGAGGAGCUGAGGCGGAGAUGGUGAAGAUCACUGGAAAGAGAGGCUUCUCCGAGACUGUUGAUCUGAAACUCAACCUUAUUCAACCUAAUAAUCAAUCAGUUGUGGAUCUGAAGGAGAAGAUGAAGAACAGUCCACCAAAGGAGAAGAUGAACCUCCUUCCCCCCUGCACUAAGGAUCCGGCUAAGCCACCCGCCAAGGCACAGGUGGUGGGUUGGCCGCCAGUUAGGUCAUUCCGGAAGAACAUAAUGUCUCAGAAGAGCACCACCGAGGAGAUAGAGAAGACUAGCAGGAGCAGUGGUGGCGGUGUAGCAUUUGUGAAGGUUUCCAUGGAUGGCGCACCUUACCUUCGUAAGGUGGAUCUGAAGAUGUACAAGAGCUACCAAGAACUUUCUGAUGCCUUGGCCAAGAUGUUUAGUUCCUUCACCAUGGGUAUGUAUAUAUAAUUUUAUAAACAAUAA